UUAAAGUUCCAAUCUCUACACACUCGGUAUUACCCUUCUCCAGUCACUAUUCUAUGCCAGGUUUAAAUAAAUCAACUUUCAUCAGAGUAUAUAUCCUUCCUAACUAGAACUAUUGGGUCACAAUUUUAACAAUAUAAUAUCCUGGUUUUAAUUUUUUUUGUUAAUUUUCUUUUUCACAAAAGAAUUGUAACUCAUUUUUACAGUGAAUGUCUAUUAAUUUCUGAAAACUGCAUUCUCUCACAGUUUGUCAUUUAUAAAAUAUUUUAGUUAAACGAAAAACAAAAACGGAUAUCCUUGUGAAAAAUUCAACUUAAAAAAAUAAAAUAAACUGUAUAAAAGCUUACACUUUUAACUUGUUGAAUAAUCUAUAACAGUCUAAGAUAAUGAAGAAACCCAAUUAAUGAUUAAUUAAUAACUGUAGCACACAGCUCUACCGCGACUUUGGACGAUUCCAUUUAUGACAUUAACGCUUCUUUUAGUUGUGUAUAUGUAUGUGUGUGUGUGAAGGGUUUUUCAGUGUCUAUGAUGUGUCUCUUCGCUGCUCAUUUAUUAUUAACAGAACCCCCACCCGUUUCUGUUCUUUGCAGAAUCUGACUGACUUGUUGGUGUUGCCGCUGCUGCUGCUAUAUUUUCGCUUACUCCUUCGUUUUUACCUUGUUUUGAAGAGGUUUGUUUGGUUCAUAUUUUCCACCUCAUUUUGCGGUGUUUAAAAAUAUUCAUUUCUACGCAAACAUUCCCGCUAACCGCUUAAUUUAAUUUACGAAAAAAAGACCCAAGGAACGAAUUCCUCAGACACCUUCAUAAACACAACAGAAAUAGUAGCAUAAUGGCUGAGCAAUAUGAUUUAGUAAUUGAAUUCCUUUCGGACAACUGGCCGCACAUCACCAUGGUGUUGGCUCUGAUGCUGGUCGUCUAUUUAUUCGUUUUCAAGCGAAUCCACUGCUACUUGCCUUAUAUAACACGCAAGACCAUCCACGGAUCAUUAAAUUCGGAAAUGACAUUUCAGAUGUCGAGGCUUUUCCAUCCUUUGAAAGUGGAACAAUUAAAAUUAGAUCGACCCCUGGAAAUCUUGGACCUUAGUGGUGCCAGCAGCCGGAUCGAUUAUUUCCCCACGGACUGUCACGUAACCAGCAUGGAUUCGAAUCCAUUCAUCAGGGCAUAUAUGGAAACCAAAGGAGUGGAAUGCAAACAGGCAGUUUUCAAAGAAUUUAUCGAAGCCUCAAUCGAUAAUCUUGAAGAUUUGGAAUCCGAAAGUUUCGAUUCUGUCGUAUCAUUUCAGACUCUCUGUUCAGUUGGCGAACCCGAAAUUGUUUUGCAAGAAAUCCUACGAAUUCUUCGACCUGUAAGUAUAUUAUUCAACUUCUGUGGCCUUAUUUAUUUCAAAUCUUUACUGUCAUAUAUUUUAGUUAUUUUUUAUUUAAAUCGCUUACAAAUUUAUAACGGCAUCUUCAUCCUCCGUAUCGUUUGUGUUCAGGGAUUUCAAUAUAAUUGA